GCUGUGACUACCACUGCUUUCCCACCCAGGCCCACUGUAGACGGCAGCAGCAGCAGCCCCCGCCCGCACAGCAGCAUGGAGCUUUGGGGGGCCUACCUGCUCCUCUGCCUCUUCUCCCUCCUGACCCAGGUCACCGCUGAGCCACCAACCCCCAAGGUCAAGAAGGCUGCAAAUGUCAAGAAAGAUGUCGUGAGCCCAAAGAUGUUUGAAGAGCUCAAGAGCCAGCUGGACAGCCUGGCCCAGGAGGUGGCCCUGCUGAAGGAGCAGCAGGCCCUGCAGACAGUCUGCCUGAAGGGCACCAAGGUGCACAUGAAAUGCUUUCUGGCUUUCACCCAGGCGAAGACCUUCCACGAGGCCAGCGAGGACUGCAUCUCGCGCGGGGGCACCCUGGGCACGCCACAGACGGGCUCGGAGAACGACGCCCUGUACGAGUACCUGCGCCAGAGCGUGGGCGGCGAGGCCGAGAUCUGGCUGGGCCUCAACGACAUGGCGGCCGAGGGCUCCUGGGUGGACAUGACCGGCGGCCGCGUCGCCUACAAGAACUGGGAGACGGAGAUCACCCUGCAGCCCGACGGCGGCAAGGCCGAGAACUGCGCCGCCCUGGCCGGCGCGGCCAACGGCAAGUGGUUCGACAAGAGCUGCCGCGACCAGCUGCCCUACAUCUGCCAGUUCGCCAUCGUGUAGCCGGGCGGGAGGGCGGAGACCUUGCAGCCCCGGAUCCCCUCCGGGAGCCUGGAGCCUCCUUUUGCAAAUAAAGUUGGU